UUUUGAAGAUGGACAAAUGGACGUAUUUACAGGCUUGAUAAUUCAAUAUAUUGGCGGAGAAUCUGUUGCUAUGAUUACACAUUUAAUUAAUGAAGGGAGUUACAAAUUUUAUUCGGAUGAGGAUGGAUUAACUAGUGAAGGAAUUAAGUUUGCUGAGGCGGAUAACGAAAUAGUCAAUUUUUAA